AAACCUCACCAUAUCCAAAAAAAUCUUAUUCAUCGUCAAUGCGUUUGUUUCCAAAUUCGUUCUUUCUUAAUGCUUAAACCCUUAAUCUAAGAUUUCCAAGACAUCUCUUUUUAUAUGUAUGGAUUUCUUUCAUAUCUUGAGUGUUCAUAGAUCAAUAGUAUCCAUCUACUACAAGGGAAGUCAGUUUCAAAGAUUGAUUAUCACAAUAUGAUCAUGUUUCCUACUCAAUUAUCAUCAUCCUCAAAGUACAUAAAUAAUGGCGGUUUUUCGGAAGGUGGGUAUGACUGUUUUAUUAGUUUAGGAAAAGGGUUUUCAGAUCUAAUGGCAGAAGAUGAAUCAAGAACCGAAACUAGUAUAAAUAACAACGAAGAAGCUGGAUCAACCGAAAUGAAUACACACGAGGAUUAUGAUCAUGGUACAUGGCUUCAAUUAAGUUUAGGUGGUGGACGCAUGCAGUCCACCACCACCGGUAUUACCACGAGCCAUGGUCCCCAUGUACCGUUGGCUCGUCCUUUAGUUGACCUGGAUUUAUUGCCAGGUGGCGGUGGUGGUAGCUCGUCAAGACAGAUACAGCGACAACUACCACCACCACCCCAGCUUGUUUUUCAAGUACCCGAAUUUCGGGGUCAUUUCCCGACAUCGAAUACUUUCUUUUUGCAUCCGCAACAAGGGGCCGGUUCUAUUAAUUCUGUGCCAACCAUGACUUUACAACAACAGCAACAACAACAACAAGAGAUUAAUUAUAAUUAUUUGCAACUAAUUAGGCCUUUUCCGUCAAACAUGAUGACACAAGUUCUUAACCCUCCGGUUUCUUCUUCCUCUUCUUUAUCGGGUUCAUCGGAGCAACACGGACGUCAUCAGCAUCAUAUUCACCGGCGACUAAAUAUAGCGAGAGUUGUGAACCCGCCAAGAAGACCUCAUUCGGGUGUAUGGUUUAUGCUCCAAGCCUCUCAAAACCAAGCUAAGGAACCAUUUUUGCCACAAAUACCAAAGAGCUAUCUAAGAAUCAAGGACGGAAAGAUGACUGUUGGAUUGUUAAUCAAGUAUCUGGUUAAUAAGCUUGAACUUGGAAGCGAAUCCGAGAUAGAGAUAACAUGUAAAGGACAUCAACUGUUGUCAUUAUCGACGCUACAACAUGUAAGAGAUACGAUAUGGAAUAACCCGAGAAAUGAUGUUGGAUUAACUUUGGUUCCUCAGUCUUCAGCGACUAUCAAUCAUUUGAUGGUGCUAAACUAUGGUAGGAUCGCGUAAAAAAUUCAUAAAGAUGAAGAAAUUUGUUGAUGAAAUUGUUUCCAUCUACUUGACCCGCACGCCUGCCUGCCUGCCUUGGAUGAUCUUAAGUUAAUUAAUGGGAAAUUUUUAUCCCCUUAUGUUAUUGUUUCCCUUCCAACAUAUGUGGGUUUGGGUUAAUUCUUUUGGUUCUUUAAUUGUGACUUAAUUUGAUAUGGAAACAGAAACUAAUUAUUUUGUUUGUGUACAAUCAUUAAUUGUAAUUUAACUUCAGGGUAGAUUACAAUUUACAUGCAAUAGUUAUAUCAUUUCCAGCUUGUAA